CAAGUUUUGAUUUAUCAUGAUUAUUUAAUUGUUUAAUUCUUUUUAACUUCUCAGUGAUGUGUUUUAUUUAAUCCAUGGGAUUUAUUUCCAGGUUAUUAUACUGGACGAAAUCCAUGAGCGCAACUUAUCCGGUGAUUUUCUUUUGGGUUUGCUUCGUGAGCUGGUACAGCGACGGCAAAAUGAUCUCAAACUCAUUCUGAUGAGUGCGACUAUUAAUUUCGAACUAUUCACUAGCUAUUUCGAAGGCGCUCCAAUCAUAAAGGUGGCAGGACGAUUGUUUCCCGUUGAGCUACAAUAUAGGCCAAUAAAGGAGCACGACACAUAUGAUUCGGAUAAGAAAAAAGCAAAAAUCGAUCCUGAACCAUAUCUUAAUGUGAAAAUAUCGACGGUCGCCGAGGCGUUGAAAGUGUAUGCCGAAACUUCGAAGAAAUGGAUUAUCCUUAUGUUGCACAGCACACUUUCUAUGGAGGAACAAGAUAAAGUGUUUGAUAUGGCGCCGGUGGGAAUUCGAAAAUGCAUCCUUAGCACAAACAUUGCAGAAACAUCUGUAACCAUUGAUCAGAUUCGAUUUGUUAUUGAUUCGGGAAAAGUAAAUCUAGUGAAAUUCGAUUCGAAAACAGGCAUGCACUCGCUUCGAGAAUAUUGGACCUCUCAAGCUUCUGCAGAUCAACGCAAAGGUACAGAUUACCCUAUCUAAAU